AUGGGGGGACGACAGAGCGUCAAGGCGAAGAAACCGGGCGUGAAGAAGCGCGCGAAGGCGUCGCAGGGGUCGUCUGGGACGAAACCGGUCGCGGUGGCGAGCGAUGGGGUGAUCGAGGAGGCGAACGCGGCGUUCGACUCGGGUCGCGCGGACGAGGGCCUGGCGACGCUGCGAAACGCCUCGAGGAGAAAUCCGAGCGACGCGGCGAUCGCGGAGGCGCUCGGGUUGGCGCUCGCGGAGUUCGGGGGACAAGAGGAGGCGGUGGCGGCGCUGAAGCGGGCGGCGAUGCUCUCGCCCACUGCUGGGUACGAGAAGUUUAUGUAUCUCGGACAGUUGUUGGACGAUGGUGAGGCCGCUACGACGUGCACGAGGCAGGGAUUGGCGAUUUUAGAGGCGCAAGCGAGUCAAGGCGACGAACACGCGCAAGGGCAGCACGCGUCGGCGUGCUGCGCGCUAGCGGAACAGAUCCUCGGAACCGCGGAUGAGGCAGACGAGGAGACGAGCAAGCAGGUUGAAGCGCUCAUCGAGCGCGCGAGGGCGAGCGAUCCCGAGUCGCCGGAGCCAGUGCAGCUGUUGGCGAGCUUGCGGGGCGAGCAAGGCAAGACUGACGAGGCGCUGAGCAUUUUGAAAGAGUCGUUGUCGAUGUGGCGCAAGACGGCGAUGCAUCGAGACGAGGAAGGUGAGGAUGGCGCUGAAGAGUUCCAAGGCGAGUUCGAUGUCUCGUUCGAAUUUAGAUUCGAGACCGCGAAGCUCCUGCUCGAGCUCGACACGACAACGGAGACCGCGAUCGACAUAUUGUGUGAGCUCCUUCGUGAGCGCGACGAUAACGUGGACGUGUGGUACAUGCUCGCAUAUGCGCACCACGGCGCACUAGAGUUUGACAUCGCGUUGGAGCACUUGCAACAAGGUGAGGAGCUCAUUCGUUCUCGCGGUGGAGACGAAUCAGCGCUUGCGAACUUUGAAGAGCUUCGAGCUGCGAUCACUGAGUCCAAGGCGACUGUUGAGAGCGGUAAGGGCCCGGCUGAAAUGGAGACGUGA